UCGUGCCGUGUUGUUCGUCCUCGCAGCAGACGAACAACCAGCCUUUACAUAACCGUAAUUUUGAUAAAUACAAGUUUUUGGCUCAGCAUACUCGACCAUGUCGGUGAAGGUGCCACUCAACUUGGUUUCGCACCCUCGCCGUGUCGCCAGUCUGUAUAAAAACGCCCUUCGAACUCUAGAAAGUUGGAUUUGGAUAAGACAUGUUUAUCGAUAUAACGCAGUUUUGCUGAGACAACGUUUUGAGAAGAACAAAGACAUAAAGGAUCUAAGAAUUGCAAAACAACUGGUUAUUGAUGGUGAGAAAGAACUAUUCGAGCACCAGCAUUGGCUUCCAAGGAAAUUUCCCAACUCUCCAGGAGGCGUAGCGUAUGAAAGAGAAGUUGUGCUACCUGAUUGGAUCGUUGACUACUGGCAUCCAUCUGAGAAAGCUAGGUACCCUCACUACUUUGCUCGCAGAGAACAGCGUAAGAAAGAAUUCAUCGAAUGGUACAACAAACAAUAUCCUGAUGUAAAAGAGAAUUCAUCUUCAGGCCACUAAAAAUUUGGUGACAAUAAGUCGUCCGUAUGAAUCAUAGAUUGAAGAUAGUUGGUUGUAAAAUAUGAAAAUGUCAUGUAUCAAAUAUUAAAUGAAUACAAUUCUUGUUACUCA